GUAUGCGUUCUGACUACAUUGUUUCCGGUUACGGAGUGCGGUUCCUGGAGAAAAACAGGAGCAUUGUCCGCCGUGGCGAGUGCGUUCUCUAUACUGAAAGUAGUCGAAGAUUGUGACAUAUAACGGUGCAUUUUUUGGUUUUUCUCCUUUUUGAUCGACAAUUUGCAACCACUUGAAGUCUGAUCUCGGUGGGACUCCGCCAGCUAUUGAGAAUCUUGCAAUACACAAACAGUUAGCUUAAGCAGCAGCGAUGUCGGGUGUUGUGCGAGGCCCUGCUGGGAACAACGACUGCCGAAUUUAUGUGGGAAACCUGCCCCCUGAUAUUCGUACAAAAGAUGUGGAGGACGUGUUUUACAAAUACGGAACAAUUCGAGACAUCGACCUGAAGAACCGAAGAGGAGGGCCGCCUUUCGCCUUUAUUGAGUUCGAAGACCCGAGGGACGCUGACGAUGCCGUCUAUGGGCGUGAUGGUUAUGACUAUGAUGGCUACAGACUGCGUGUGGAGUUCCCUCGGAGCGGCCGGGGCUCCAGAGGCGGGUUUGGUGGCAUCAGUGGAGCUCCCAGAGGCAGAUACGGGCCUCCAUCCAGACGCUCCGAGUACAGGGUGGUUGUGUCAGGGCUCCCUCAGAGCGGCAGCUGGCAGGACCUGAAGGAUCAUAUGCGUGAGGCAGGCGAUGUAUGCUAUGCCGAUGUUUACAGAGAUGGAACCGGGGUUGUAGAAUUUGUGCGCAAAGAAGACAUGACCUAUGCCGUUCGAAAGCUGGACAACACCAAAUUCCGCUCACAUGAGGGAGAGACUGCGUACAUUCGUGUGAAAUUAGAUGGUCCCCGCAGCCCAAGUUAUGGAAGAUCACGCUCCCGCAGCCGGGGGGGGGGGGGGCCCCGAGGCCGCGGCCCCGGCCGGAGCCGCAGCAAUUCCCGUGGCCGUGGCAGAGGAUCACCCCGCUACUCACCUCGUCACAGCCGCUCUCGCUCCCGUUCCUAAACCUUUCUACCACCAAUGAUUUGCCCUUUUGGUGUAUACCCUCCUGUUUUUACCUCUUAAGUUUCUCCAGAUGUCAGCUGUUGAAUUUUCAUUUCUGCAUUUCAUGCCCUGAUGUCCUUAUGGAUGAUCUUGGUAUGUAGAUGUUACCCCCCACCUUCUCCAGCUGCUUUGUCCUUUUGUUCUUGUCCCCCUCUCUCUCCUUCUCUCUGUCCUCAGUUUUUGCAACAUUAGAAAAUGUGUUGUUAACUUCAAAAAUGUUGAGUUGUCAUUAGCUGCACUCAAUGUUUUUGCAAGUAUUCAAAAUUAAGACUUUUUUUUUUUUAAUAGCUUUUCUCUUUGGGUAUGUGGGGUGGGCUGUUUGGACGGGGAGCCCAGUGCUUAACUGUAUUUUUACCCUUGUGUCUUCCUUUAGACAUCUGAAGAGAAGGAUUAAAGUGAUUUGGAAUAAAACCAUUGUGGAGCACAUUUCAUUUGUAUGGUCAGGAUAGGACAUCUAAUUGAGGAGCAAUCAGGCAAUCGAGGCAAUGGUACGCUUCAUAUUCCAUAAGUUGAACGUUUUGAUCGGUUGCCAUAUCAUGCAUGUCAUAAUUAACCAAGCCAAAUGUGCUGUACUUUGUUAUAUAUAGAGUUUUUAACAUGCUACUCUGGCCUGUAACAGAAUGAGCAGUGCUAGAUCAAGUGUUGUGAUGUGAGUGUAACAUCUUUGCUGUCAGAUGUUAAAGUCUGAGUCACUACUUUGAUGCAGAAGUGCUCCACUUCAGAUGUAAAUGUCUUCAAAUGUUAACUUCAGGGAGUGAUGGUUUUUGUGCUCAGUGGCAUUUUUUUCUUGAUCUGACAUGAGUGCUCAACAUGGAAAAAAAAAUUAGGCCCCAAAACCUUGACAUUUUAUUCUAACGGUCUGCCUCUGAUUUUCUUCCUGGUAUUUCAAGGUUUUGAUUGGAGGAGUGGCUCAGUGGAUCCCAAUCCUUGGAGCUGGAUGAGUGGAUCGAUUUAGGGAAGGGAUAGGCAAGGAUGGAUGCUCGGAACGGGAUCAGUUUUCCAGGAUUCAGAUGAGUUGAUUUCAGAACUAAUUAAUGCGGAGCCCCAGAGCAACUUUUUUUUAUUAGGCCCUCCCCCGCCUAAAGUUUUUCGGUGAUUAUGGCUUUAUUUUACAAGAAACGAAACUGAGGACCAGGAAGUUGGAUCAAAGGAUGGAAUCGUAGAUGCCUGGUAUGAAGGAAUUUAAAAAAUUGGGAAGAUUGGGGAGGGGGGUUAUUUGGGAGUAGUUUCUAUGUUUUUAUUUUUGCUUAAUCUCACUUUUUCUCUUAGCAUUUUCAAUAAAACUCUUUCAAACAAGGA